GAGAGGCUAUAUAAUAUUAUAUAUCCAAACCAACCCUGCCCCAAUGCUGUGUCGGGUUAAUUUGGGUGUGAGCAAAUUGAAAAGCUAGGGUUUUGGAAAAACAGUGACAGAUAGCAUCAAUUGAAUUCAAUAGAAAUGGAAUUGAUCGAGAAGAAAGAAGGCGAGAGCGGGGAUCAGUCAUCUCUCAACAACGAUAAAGAAGCUGAGGAACGUCAAGCUCGUGACCUCAAAGCUGGUUUUCACCCUCUUAAGAACAAGUUUGUACUGUGGUACACCCGUCGAACGCCAGGAGUUCGAAGUCAGACAUCAUAUGAAGACAACAUAAAGCAAAUAGUGGAUUUUAGUACGGUUGAAGCCUUUUGGAUAUGCUACUGUCAUCUGGCACGUGUAUCAUCAUUGCCAAGUCCUACUGAUUUGCAUCUUUUCAAGGAGGGAAUUCGGCCACUAUGGGAGGAUGCUGCUAAUUGCAAUGGUGGCAAGUGGAUAAUAAGGUUCAAAAAGGUCGUCUCAGGUCGCUUCUGGGAGGAUCUGGUUCUGGCUUUGGUAGGUGGGCAACUUGAUUAUGGUGAUGAUGUAUGUGGAGCAGUAUUAAGUGUCCGUUUCAGUGAGGAUAUAUUGAGUGUGUGGAAUCGCAAUGCAUCUGACAAUCAGGCUGUUAUGUCUUUGAGAGAUGCUAUCAAACGACACUUGAAGCUUCCUCACAGCUAUGUUAUGGAAUACAAGCCACAUGAUGCUUCUCUGCGAGACAACUCAUCGUAUCGGAACACUUGGUUGAGAGGAUAGAAAGGUUCUUGUCACUUGGUCACCGGGAUACGAAAACAGUGUUGCCAUAUUCAAUCAAUAUUGUCCUGGGAAAUUGUUAUGGUAGUUAAGGAACUAUAACACCACUACCAAAUUAUUUUUCCUGGCCAGAUCUGCAUCUUCAUUAUUAAGAAAGGCAUGCGUAAUUUAGAUCUUGUUAUGCCUUGAUGUGUACCCAACUACCGUGCUUUCAAUUUCAUAUUUUCAAUGAACUUAUUUUUCUGCAAGGUUGUCUAUAGUAUUCUGCUUGGUUGCUUGGAAUAAUACAUACAAUUCUGGGAUAUUAAGAUAUCUUUACAUAAUGGUUUCUCAGUA